AUGGGAGGAGAUUUUCGUCAUUUCUCCUCCCAAGUUUCCCUCUUCUUCCUCCUCCUCCUCUUUGUUCCCUUCUUCGCCGUCCAAUCCAAUUCCUCUUUCUCUCCGGCCGAUAAUUACCUCAUCGAUUGCGGCUCCUCCCGGGAAACUAAACUCCCCGACGGCCGGAAUUUCAAAUCCGAUCAACAAUCCGUCUCUUUCCUCCAAACCGAAGAAGAAAUCAAAACCUCCGUCGACUCAAUCCCUAUCUCCGACUCCAAUUCCCUCCCCUUAUACUUAUCCGCCCGAAUCUUCGCCGGAAAAUCAACUUACUCCUUCUACAUUUCCCGACCCGGCCGCCACUGGAUCCGCCUCCAUUUUUACCCUCUCCCUCAUCCUCUCUACAAUCUCACCGAUUCCGUCUUCUCCGUCACCACCGACACCACCGUCCUCUUACACGACUUCUCCGCCAGAGACUCCUCCUCCAUCGUCUUCAAGGAAUACCUAAUCUACGCCUCCGAGAAACUCUCUCUCUAUUUCAAACCACACAAAGGCUCCGUCGCUUUCAUCAACGCCGUCGAGAUCGUCUCCGUUCCCGACGAGCUUAUCCCCGAUUCGGCUGCCUCUGUUCCUCAAGCUCCUGAUUUCAAGGGAUUAAGCAGCUUCUCUCUUCAAAUCUCUCACCGGUUAAACAUCGGAGGCGGUUUAAUUUCACCUAAAAUCGAUCACCUCUCUCGAUUCUGGGCCUCCGAUAAACCCUACAAUUCGUUCCCGGAAGGUUCUCGAAAUGUCACCGUCGAUCCCAAAACGAUUACUUACCCAGAAGGCGGAGCCACCACGCUCAUCGCUCCUCAUCCGGUUUACGCGACGGCGGCAGAAAUGGCCGAUGCGCAAACCAGCGAACCGAAUUUCAACCUCUCUUGGAGAAUGAGCGUUGACUCUGGUCAUGAUUACUUCAUCAGGCUUCAUUUCUGUGACAUUGUAAGCAAAUCGCUAAACGAGCUUGUCUUCAAUGUGUUCAUCAACAAGCUCUCUGCAAUCUCCGGACUCGAUCUCUCUGCCAAAACUACCGCUCUAGGCACAGCUUACUACACGGACUUCGUGCUCAAUGCCUCUGCUAUCACCAACGGCUCGAUACUGGUUCAAGUCGGUCCGACACCGAAUCUUCAGUCGGGUAAACCGAAUGCGAUUCUCAACGGUUUAGAGAUCAUGAAGCUGCACAACGCAGCCGAGAGUUUAGAUGGGCUUUUUGGUGUUGACGGGAAAUACAAAGGCCCAAGUGGUGGGAUGUCGUCAAAGAAGCUUGCGAUCGCAGGUAUUGGAUUCGUGAUGGGCCUAACCGCUUUCUUCGGGGUUGUCGUGUUGCUUGUUAGAUGGCAGAGACGUCCUAAAGACUGGCAAAAACAGAAUAGUUUCUCUUCUUGGUUGCUUCCUUUGCACGCAAGUCACUCGAGUUACAUCUCUAGCAAAAGCGGGUCAACAUCGAGACGCAUGAGUAUUUUCGGGUCGAGGAAAAGCAAAAGCAAUGGAUUCUCUAGCUUCUUCUCGAACCAGGGAUUAGGCCGCUAUUUCGCCUUUACCGAAUUGCAGAUCGCGACUCAGAAUUUCGACGAGAAAUCCGUGAUUGGUGUUGGAGGAUUCGGGAAAGUUUAUAUUGGAGAGAUCGACGGUGGGACGCAAGUCGCGAUCAAAAGAGGGAAUCAGAGUUCAGAGCAAGGAAUCAACGAGUUUCAGACGGAGAUUCAGAUGCUGUCCAAACUCAGACACAGACAUUUGGUGUCUCUCAUUGGAUUCUGCGACGAAAACCAAGAGAUGAUUCUCGUCUACGAGUACAUGUCAAACGGUCCACUACGAGACCAUUUAUACGGCUCCAAGGAAAAUGAUCCUAACCCUAUACCUACCUUGUCGUGGAAGCAACGUCUAGAGAUCUGCAUUGGAUCAGCGCGAGGGCUCCACUAUCUCCACACAGGUGCGGCGCAGGGGAUCAUUCACCGCGACGUCAAAACCACUAACAUUCUCUUGGACGAGAACCUACUCGCUAAAGUUUCCGACUUUGGACUCUCCAAAGAUGCCCCUAUGGAACAAGGGCAUGUAAGUACUGCGGUGAAGGGUAGUUUCGGGUAUUUAGACCCCGAGUACUUUCGAAGACAGCAACUCACGGAUAAAUCCGAUGUAUACUCAUUCGGUGUGGUGUUAUUCGAGGUUCUUUGCGCGAGGCCAGUGAUAAACCCACAGUUGCCUAGAGAACAAGUUAAUUUGGCAGAGUACGCUAUGAAUUUGCAUAGAAAAGGUAACUUGGAGAAAAUCAUUGACCCGAAAAUUGUGGGAACGAUCAGUAAAGGAUCGUUGAGGAAAUUCGUGGAAGCUGCAGAGAAAUGUUUAGCCGAGUACGGUGUUGAUAGGCCUGGAAUGGGAGAUGUGUUGUGGAAUCUUGAGUAUGCUUUGCAACUUCAAGAAGCAUCAGCUCAAGUUGAUUUGUCGGAGGAUAAGACUACAAUGAAUAUUCAACUCGAAUUUUCCGGCGAGGAGAUGCAGAUUCUGCCGCGUCCAUUGCCGUGA